ACAAAAUGAGUGUCGUCGCGGAACGAGAAGCGAGAAGUUCGGAAUAUCGUGUAAACUAGUGUGCUUUUGAAAAGUUUAAACAAAGUGGGUUUUUUAUUGAAUUCUUUUGUGGUUAUCGGGCAGUGUGAUUAAUGUGCCAAUAAAUAUGUAACUCGUUGAAUAAUAAUUAACAGAACACGUGUCGCGGAAUAUAACAUGCCUUUUCUAACGCGGGAGCAUAGCAAUAACGCGGAGGUGGCGAUUGAUAUGCCAGGGAACAAGGAGGAACCGAAGACUUCCGAAACGGAAGGAAACGAAUCGGCGACGGAAGAGUGUCGAAUCGAAAUUCAGGAAGGGGUGUCCAACACCGCUGAAUCGGCAUAUUCUAAUGGUAAAAUGGUAACAGACUAUGCAAGUCUUGUUGAACGAACACGGAACACUUUUUUUACUGGCAAAACAAGGCCAUUAGAAUGGAGAAAAAAACAAUUAAAACAGACACUUCUUAUGUUAGAAGAAUGCAAAUCAGAAAUUAUAUCAGCCCUUGCAUCCGAUUUACAUAGGUGUAAAUUUGAGAGUAUAGCUAUGGAAAUUCAAAUUGUAGAAGGAGAAAUCAAAGAUAUGCUUAUGCAUAUCAAGGAAUGGUCUGCUGAUGAAAAACCUCCAAAAGCAAUGGUCAAUAUGUUAGAUAAAGUUGAAAUUCGAAAAGAUCCGUACGGUAUAGUUCUUGUUAUAGGGCCAUGGAAUUAUCCCUUACAGUUAUGUUUAAUUCCUGUAAUUGGUGCAAUAGCUGCUGGAAAUUGUGUUAUCCUUAAGCCGUCAGAACUAUCUCUUGCUACAUCACAACUUCUUGCAAAAAUUCUUCCACGAUAUUUAGAUUCAGAAUGUGUUCAUGUAGUGUUAGGAGGUGUUCCUGAAACGACAGAGUUACUUAAACAAAAGUUUGAUUACAUAUUUUAUACGGGUUCGACAUCGGUUGGAAAAAUCAUCCGUGAAGCAGCUAAUAAAUUUUUAACACCCGUUACACUAGAAUUGGGUGGAAAAAGUCCCGUGUACAUAGAUAAUACAGCAGAUAUAAGUAUAGCUGUAAAAAGAAUACUUUGGGGAAAAUGUAUUAAUGUUGGCCAAACAUGCAUUGCACCAGACUAUAUAAUUUGCACACCUGAAGUACAAAACAAAUUUAUACCAGAGGCAGAAAAGGUCUUGAAAGAAUGGUAUGGUGAAAAUCCUAAAGAGAGUCCAGACUUAGCGCGUAUAAUUAGCGACAAUCAUUAUCAACGUCUCGUAAAAUAUUUAAGUGGAAACGGUAAAGUAGCUAUAGGAGGUAACUGUGACCCUGUUGAUAAGUAUAUCUCACCAACCAUACUCAUCGAUGUGAAGCCUACAGAUCCUGUAAUGCAAGAUGAAAUAUUUGGUCCGAUAUUACCUUUUGUAACAGUGAACAAUGCUUAUGAAGCAAUUAAAUUUAUCAAUAGCCGCAAUUCCCCACUUGUACUUUAUGUAUUUACCAAGGAUAAGCGAGUUCAAGAAUUAAUAAUAAAUCAGACUCAAAGUGGAAGCGUGGCAGUCAACGAAACGAUAAUGCAAUUUACGGUUGAUACUCUACCAUUUGGUGGAGUUGGAUAUUCUGGUAUGGGAUGUUACCAUGGAAAGUACACUUUCGACACGUUUGUGCACAAAAAAGGCUGCCUUAUUAAAGAUUACAACAAAUUAGUCGAAUCAAUAGCAUCGUGUCGUUAUCCGCCAUAUUCCGAUAAGAAAUUAUCUUUCUUAUCACUUAUGAUAGCAAAACGACCCGAUAUACCAGGAAUCAAAUACAUUCCUCAUCUUCUAGCAUUUGGUUUUGGAAUUCUCGUUGCCGUUGGUGUUUCAGCUGCUUUAAAGGUAUAUAAACCGAAACGCCUUUAAUGUGCUUUUUUAAUUUUUAUUUGCAGUAAUUAAAACAGUAUGUCGCACAAUAUGUAUUUUAAAUCACUCGUUCGAGUAAUAUUCAAAUUUUGUAAAUAUUAUAAAAAUGUUGAGCUUUUAGUAUUUUUACAUGUAUACAGGGUGUUCAAAAAUUCCCUGAAGACCUCUACACCGUUAGAUAGAUCACGAAAUAUCGAGGCGAAAAGUUCUGUAGCAUUUUUCGAUGGGAUCAGUAGUUCAGCCACAUUUCAUUGUUGAAAAUUGAAAAAUUGACCAAUCAGCGCUAUCGGCGCAUGCGUAAACGCGACGCUCAGCGGCGCGUUCGUCGGCGGCAGAGGAGGUUAGGUCAAUUUUUCAAUUUUCAACAACAAAAUGUGGCUAAACUAGUGAUCCCAUCGAAAAAUGCUACAGAACUUUUCGCUUCGAAUUUUCGUGAUCUAUCCAACGGUGUAGAAGUCUUCAAGGAAUUCUUUAACACCCUGUAUAUUUUGUGUUGCUGGUUUUCCUUAUUCGCUUACUUCAUUUCUUUGGAAGAAAUUACACUAUACACAUAAUACUUUGAUAUAUUUUAUAAUCCAAUUUUGGAGUUAUAAUACUGUUGAGUUUCUAUAUAUUUUAUAUGAUCCGAAUUUUGUGUAUUACGUUAUAUGCAGUACAUAUAAAGAUAGUUUAUCCAUGAAAGCUAUUACCAAAUAUUACGCACAAUUAAGCACAGUGAUCACAGUAACCAAAGAAUGUUGUUUAUGUAAUAGAAAUAAUUAUAUAAAUUCGUUAUCAUUUAUUUUAAACAGAACAUUAGAUAAUGAUUUAUUUCAAACUAAAAAUCACAUUUUGAUUUUGAAUUGUCUUUCUAGAAACAAUUGUAUUAUUAAAUUUAUAAUUUGAUAAUAAAGUAUUAUUACAAUUUCAUGUACCAUUUUUCACGCGAGAAUUGAUGAUUCAAUAAAGGCAAUAAGGCUUGCUACAUAAA